CCAGUUGAGCGAAAUUAGUCGAUCUGUGCGGACGUGUUUUGCGCUAGCUGUGAUUUUAUUAUCCACAAGUGAUUGAGUUUGAUUGUGUUGGUGUUACCGUGAGCGACAAUUACAACUACCCAUAACGGAAUAAAUAAAACAAAGUUAAUUUUCACUGUUCAUUCAUGGGCAUCUCUUGAAUGACGAAUCAACAUCAGUGAAUAAAUUCGCGAGAAUUUCAAUCAUGAUGUGUCUCUGGAGAGGCAAGUUGGUGGUUAAUGUUUUGAUACUACUGGUGAUAACCCUGUCGGCCGGGGUAGUGCGAUGCCAGGAAUCGACAAACGGCGAACCAACGGAGGCAGAUGGUACUGCGAGCAAUGGAUCAGCAGCUGGCUCCGGUGAUAUGAAGGAUUUCCUGGCUUCUGGGCUGCGCUUAGAACAUGAACUCGUGAAGGAGCAGGCCGACGAACCGUCGGGAGGUGGUAACAGCGGCGAAAACUUUGUCGCUAUUCACGUGGAUGCGGUCGGUGCCAAAGAGCAGUUGAAUCCAUCCCUCCGAGGUCUGUCACAUAUUGCCAUCAGUUACCUACCGAAACGUUAUACAUUCAAUGCGGUCCUGUCAGCAACUCGGGAAGUCGUUGCGGGUGUUCGCUACGAGUUGGUAGUCCGAGCACAGGAUGAAACACAGAUCGAAGUUAUCUGUAGGAUGACGGUCUUGGAGAAACCCUGGUUGUCGACGGAGAGUGGAGAUAAAUACCGAUUGUUAGAAUACAGCAAUUGUACGUCUACGGAUGGGGAGUCAAUCGACGGGGUCGAAGUUGUUACCAAGCUAAACCCUAUCUUUGAUCCAAAUAUCAGAGGCCAACAGGAAAUGAGUCCUUCUCGGUUCAAAGAUUUGGUUCAACAAAUUAUUGUAGAAAAGCAUGUGGUUCAUGAGAUUACUACCACUCCUGUAGUGGAGCUCGCCGGCACUACAGGACUGCCAAAUUCUCCCGAGUUAGGUGAAUCAUCUAAGGACGCAUUAGAUCAAUUGUUCUCCAUCGGAAAUGAGGCACAGCAGAAACGUCGUAUUUCGGCUGACGCAAAUCAACAACAGCAGGAGGUUAUCGAAGAGAUCAUCAUACCUAAGCGAAUUGAGUCUUCUCAAUCGGAAGUGCGAACUACGGAAGUUCCAGCAGAAUCGACAACCAUGACGAUCGAUCAGCAGGUGCAGUCUACGUUCGAGGAAGUAUUCAAGACCCAUCGAGAAAUUCAGAAAGCUCUGGACGAGGUAAUUCAGAAGGGAGGAGGUCGUGAUGUUCAGCUAAAAUACGAACCAGUAUUUGCGUCUUUGCUUGAUAAAGUCAAAACUAGCAUCGAUAACUACUACAGGACCAUCAAUCCCAACGGCGGGGAAGCUAAUGUGGACACAAUGGCUUUUGUCGUUAGUGAUAAUGUCGCUUCGCCACGCAGUUCAACGUCGGAGACCACCGUAGCCAAUCAUUCAUCGACAAGUGAGGAAGAUGAUCAACAGCAACAGCAAGUGAUUCAAACCGAAUUUGAUGAACGACUUCCACCACAAGCGCCAGCCCGUGAACUCUCCCCUCCCAAGAUAGACGCAGUGGUGAUGCAGUUUAGCGAUGAAAGUGAUGAACAGCAGCAGCAACAGGUUGUCCAGCAGCCACGUACUCGGGAAGAGUUGGUUAAGGAAUUCAAUGCAGAUGAUUCUCAGCAACGAGGUAAAAGAGCGGCACGAUCGUAUUCCCACGAGCACGAUUUCUACCAUUCACCUUUCCUUGAUCAUUCUUCGGGAGAAUCCCAUGAACAUCACGGUAGUCCUUACUACAUCCCGUACAACUAUCAUAACCGUGGAAAGCGAUUCGUUGAGAUGGACCUAGACGGUAGUGCUGACCAGGCGCUGGUCGAUAACACGGAGAAGUCACUAGCCGAAGCAAUCGAAAUGUUGGACCGAAUGGACGCGGAUCCGUUCAAGCGCGUUCUGCUAGAGGUGAUCAGUGUCAAACGUAUUAGCCAGUUCACCAGUGCGAUCGAGCAGAAAGGGGACCUGUUUGUGGCACGGGUCGUCACGGCCAACUCACACUGUAUCGAAGAAGCGGAAGAUGAGGUCAAAUGCAAACGGCUGCUGAUCGACGGGAGUAGCAAAUUUUGCACACUUGAGAUUCGAGUUAAGGACAAGGAAGUUCGGCUGGUGAAAUCGGAGUGCGUUCCGCACAAGUCCGCUGGGAUGCCCGGUGGUCAUCAGGAGGUCGACGUAUCGGAGUUGGAACAUCAGCGGCGCAUUCAGGCUGGUUUGAAGCAGUACAACAAAGGGAAGCUGCGAUCAACCAAAUUCAUCAUUCGCUGCGGUUCGGUCCAGGUGGUAGCCGGGACGGUUCACCGUUACACCGUAGAUUUGCUGGACGAAGACGAUAAGGUCGCCAGCAAUUGCAAAGUAAAGAUCUACACGCCACUCGGUGAUGUUCCCGAUUACAAAUUCGACUGCCAGGAUGUGUCACCCAAUCGAGUCACUCGUGAUGUCGAACGUAAGAAGCUCAGCAAAGCACCCAAAGUGGGUUCGCCAGCGGAACUAACCCCAGAAGAGUACAGCAAACCGGAACACACCGAUCGUAUCCGGGGGAUUUUGCUUAGCUCGGCAGGUGGCAGCAGCGAUCGUAAGUAUCGAGUUGUGGGUGCUACUCAGCAGCUGGUGGCUGGAACGUUGUACACUUACAAGCUGGUCUUCAACGACGAUCCGGAUAAGCGUGUCUGUAAAUUGACUUCGCACGAAAAACCUUGGUUGAAGGAAAAAUCACCAGCCGAAGCACAGAAAGUGUCCUUCUCAUGUCCUGAUGCUCCAAAAAGCCGCGUUCGACGUGCGUUUUGUGCGGGAUGUCCUUCAGCUCUGUCACCAUCAGAUCUUAAGGAUGCCGAAACCCUAGAACGGAUCAAUAAGAUUAUGCUUGCAACUGGUGGUGUCGCACAAAGCAAACCGGAAAUCUUAAACGGCACCACUCAAGUGGUGGCCGGAAUGAAGUAUAUUUAUUUUGUUGCUUACAACGUCGCCGAUACUCGAAGAGUUUGCGAACUAAGCGCCUGGGAGCGGCCAUGGCUUGCUGAAUCAGAUCCCCAAGAAGCCUACAUCUACGAGUCCAAGUGCGACGGGCAAGAUGAGAGCAAUGGAGUGAAGCAAUCAAGACAGAAACGACUCGCCGGUGGACCGCGUUUGCUGACCGAGGAGGAGCUACAACAGGAUGAACAUGUCGAACGAAUCAACAAGAUUCUGGUGGCAUCAGGCGGAACAAAACAGGACAAACCGAGAAUUCUCAAUGGCACAGCUCAAGUCGUGGCCGGUACUAGCUACACAUACUACAUUUCCUACCCGAUAGACGGUGAUGAACGGGUUUGCUAUUUAAAUUCAUGGGAACGUCCUUGGUUGGAAAAGAAGAAGCCAACUGAAGCCUACAAGUACACUUUCCGUUGCGAUGGUAGUGAUGAGAAUUCCUUGAAGCGAGUGCGUCGCCACGCUAAGAAAGUUGGCGGAUCGAACGAACUAUCCUCGGAUGACCUGAAAGAUAAAAGCCACAUCGAGCGGAUCAAAGCAGGAUUGGUGACAUACAACGAGGAAAAAUCUAAAUCAUAUCAAGACUUCGAAAUUAUCAAAGGUUCCGUCCAACUGGUUGCUGGUUCACUUUACAAGUACACGUUCAAAGUGAAAGACGACCCAGGUGUAAUCUGCAAAAUUUCCGUUUGGGAGCGCGUCUGGUUGGACACACAGGACCAGCGGAAGUACAACGUAAAGUGCGAUGGAGACGACGAUCCAGAGCACGAGCAACAACUACCUGCUGCGAAACGAUCGGCACGAUCCGUACGGCCCCACCCGGAUCACCUGGAGCAGCAUUACUCACGUGGCAAUGACCAUGCGCGCCACCUGUUUGAGAAGUUCAAAUUGCGGCACAAUCGCACCUACCAAAGCACCUUGGAGCACGAGAUGCGGUUCCGCAUUUUUAAGAAUAACCUCUUCCAGAUUGAACAGCUAAACAAGUAUGAACUUGGGACGGCCAAGUACGGAAUUACACAUUUCGCCGAUAUGACCAGUGAAGAGUACAAACAGCGAACAGGAUUGGUUGUACCCCGAGAACAGGACCGAAAUUCGAUUCGAAACCCUUUGGCUAAAAUUGACGAGCAUAUGGAACUGCCGGCUGCUUUCGACUGGAGAGAUCUUGGGGCUGUUACAAAAGUAAAAAAUCAAGGCAGCUGCGGAUCCUGUUGGGCCUUCAGCGUUACAGGCAACAUCGAAGGUUUGCACCAAAUUAAAACCAAAAAACUGGAAGAGUACUCCGAACAGGAACUGCUUGACUGCGAUGCCGUCGAUAAUGCCUGCCAAGGUGGCUAUAUGGAAGAUGCCUACAAAGCUAUCGAAAAACUAGGUGGUCUGGAGUUGGAGAGCGAGUAUCCCUACCUGGCGAAGAAACAAAAGCAUUGUCAUCUGAACAAAACCAUGGUACAUGUCCGCGUGACGGGAGCGGUAGAUCUUCCGAAAAACGAAACCGCCAUCGCACAAUUUCUGGUAGCUAACGGACCAGUUUCUAUCGGUCUAAAUGCCAACGCAAUGCAAUUUUACCGGGGUGGUAUAUCGCAUCCGUGGCGUCCGCUUUGCAGUAAGAAGAAUCUGGACCACGGGGUGCUGAUCGUCGGAUACGGCAUCAAAGAGUAUCCAAUGUUCAACAAAACUCUACCCUUCUGGAUUGUUAAGAACUCCUGGGGUCCGAAGUGGGGUGAACAGGGCUACUAUCGGGUCUACCGAGGUGAUAAUACUUGCGGUGUCAGCGAGAUGGCAACGUCGGCCGUGCUAGAGUAAAGAGAAGUCGACAAAGAGGUAAGUGAACAAUGGAACUCUUAUCGAUAUCGGUGUGUGUUAGUCAAUGUAGUUUUUACAUUGGUAAAAUAGUUCGGGAUGCCCUUCACAGUGGCAGCUGAUUGGUGCGAACAAAUACCAUAGUGAUUUAUCUCUUUAUUAUUAUUCAUCAAAUAUACAACAAACAUUGUGGAAA